AUGCACCUUAUAUGGGAGAACGUCAUAAGAAACCUCCUUCUCUUAUGGACAGGCGAGUACAAGGACCUUGAUACGGGCCGCGAGGACUACCAACUGGACAAGAAAGUCUGGGAGGCUAUUGGAGAAGCUACGGCUGCAUGCGGGAGUACAAUACCAUCUGCAUAUGGACCACGUCAACCAAACAUCGCACAGGACAAAUCAGGAUGUACGGCGGACUCAUGGUCAUUCUGGACGCUGUAUAUUGGACCUGUUCUUUUGAACCGCCGCUUCAAGCAAGAAAAGUAUUAUCACCACUUUAUCGACCUUGUUGUCAUUCUUGAUCUAUGCCUUUCAUUUGAACACUCGGAUGCUGACCUGAAAGCCAUCAAGGCUGGUCUAAUUGCGUGGGUGCAGACGUACGAGAGGAUUUAUUAUCAGGACAAUCCUUCGCGUUUGUCCACUUGUCCUAUCACCAUCCAUGGGCUCUUGCACAUUGCCGACAGUAUCCGUGCAGUUGGUCCGGUCUGGGUCUCAUGGGCAUUCCCAAUGGAACGCUAUUGUGGUUCUCUCCAACCUGCCAUCACAAGCCGACGAUUUCCAUAUGCAAGUAUCAACCGAUACGUGCUUAACAAUGCACGACUAUCUCAUAUCAUACUCAAAUAUGGUCUACAUGACGAACUAUCCCUAUGCAAGCCCAAGACAUCACGCGGUGCUGUCUCCUUCGAGAAUUAUCCAACUUGCAUACUCAUACCACCAUGCCGACCUGCAUCCAAUAUUCCCUCGGACGUGCACAGCAAGAUUAUCCUUGCCUUGGCCACACGCUAUGGUGUGACGGUUGCGACAGCACGAAAGUUCGUUCCACAUGAUCUUGAAGAAUACGGACGCGUACAGAUCCUCAAUGAUGGCGACGCAAUAUCUGCAGCUAAUCUCUACCCCACACCUGGAGAUGACCGAAGGGAUGCCUCCUAUGUCCGGUAUCAGCUCCUUGUGGACAAAUAUGCCCACCAGCGUCGUCGAGUUCCUGAAUAUCAAGAUCAUACGUUCUUCGGACAGCUGAAGCACAUAUUCGUACUGCAUCUGCCAAAGUCUCGGACUCUCAAGAUCAAGGACGAUGAGACAGUGCUACUCGCUGUAAUCCGGUCUUGUGAUGUUACUCGGAAACACCCUCGACUUGAUAUCCACUAUUACAAAAGGGAUGGGCGUCUCGAGGUGGUGGACCUCACGGCUAUACAAUGUCUUGUUGGACGAAUCCCUGUGCCUACCAGCAAUGAAUGGGCUAUCAUUGAUCGGAGCGGUACCCUAGCUCGGGCAUUGUAUGUUGAAGCUGAUGGGAACGUGGACGACGGCGAGUAA